AUGGCCGACUUUUCAAUAAUUUCCUUGGUUUCGCUUAUAAUUUGCAUCACCCUUUCGACUGCAAAUGAAUUGGCAAGAGGAUGGAAUGACAAGAUAGAUUGGGUUAAAUUAGAAGAUGGUUUAAAAAUUUCACAAACAGAACAGAAACCUCUGAUGAUUGUAAUUCAUAAAUCUUGGUGUGGAGCCUGUAAAGCUUUGAUGCCAAAGUUUGCUGAAUCUAAAGAAAUAGAAGAACUGAGUAAACAGUUUGUAAUGGUCAAUUCUAGGGAUGAUGAAGAACCAAAUGAAAGUCAGUAUACACCUGAUGGUGGUUAUAUACCUCGUAUCUUAUUCUUAGAUUCUAGUGGUAAAGUAAGAAAAGAAUUUAUAAAUGAAAACGGAAAUGAAAGUUAUAAAUAUUAUUAUCCAGCAGUAUCACACAUUGUAGAGAGUAUGGAAAAAGUUUUAAAAGCCAAAGAAAAAGGAGAAUUAACAACGAAACAUGAGGAAGAGGAAGAUAAGGUGGAACUUUAAUCUUUCAUUUCUCCACCAAUUCCAUUUAUUCAUUCUUUUAUCAUUUUCAAUAGCCAGGAGGUCAAUUUCAUUAAGAUACAUAAGAUCCUAUGGUAAAAAUAUAACUCUAGUUUAUGGUAUGGCAUGUCUCAACUAUCUGGAAAUUCGUUGAACCGUGCGAUAAACGAGGCUCCACUAUAUAUCUAAGGAUGAAGUUCUGGCCAUGUAUUCUCGAAACAAUCUUAGUGCUAGAACGUUCUAGGGUAUUGACUUCUAUCACUGUUUGUGGAAUAUCCUAGCAGUAAGAUUGUUAUAAGAAUACUUAG